CCUUCAAGGACUUCUAUACUUCCCGUCAGCCUUUUCGCGACACACAGUUCAUUUCCGGUUCAGUUGCCUAGACGCUGUUGUAAACAACGUAACGUUACAUACAAUAUUCUUACUUUGUAAGCAAAGCGGAGUGUAAUUGUCGGUGUGGUUCCAAAUCUAACACCAGUCGGUCAACUAUGUCUACUGCCCAGGAUGAUCGAUACUCCUUCAUUGCAGAGUGGUACGACCCAAAUGCUGCUCUGAUGAGGAGGUACCAGUUCCUGUACUAUCCAAAGGACAGUUCCAUUGAAAUGUUUGACAUCAAGAACCAUCGUACAUUCUUAAAGCGUACUAAAUACGAGGGAGUUAGCCAGGAAGACUUGUACAUCGGAAGCACAGUGGAAGUAUUUUCUCGGCAACUGCACUUUGUUGACUAUGGAGACGGCUUUACAGCCAGGAGCCUUGGUGACAAAAAGGAAAAGACCCUGGGAAUGAUCAAGCCUGAUGCAUUGGACAGGAUGGGCAUGAUCCUGGACAUGAUAAGUCACAAAGGGUUACUGGUUACAAAGGCAAAGAUGGUACUGUUGUCCAGGGCAGAGGCUGCACAGUUCUAUAUGGAACAUCAGUCCAAGCCCUUUUUCAAUGGACUUCUGGACUAUGUGACUUCUGGACCUGUAGUUGCCAUGGAGAUUAUGGGAGGUAAUGCUAUCGGAGUGUGGAGAGAGAUGAUUGGCCCAACCAAUCCCAGUGAUGCUCGUAGUCAGAACUCACAAAGUCUGAGGGCUAAGUAUGGUACAGAUAACACCAGAAAUGCAGUACAUGGUUCAGACUCCAAGGAAUCUGCUACAAGAGAAGCUGAGUUUUUCUUCCCAUCUGCUGGCCCGAGUCGUGCCAAUACUGCCCAGUUCAGCAACUGCACCUGCUGUGUCAUCAAGCCUCAUGCUGUCCUGGCAGGCCAGACAGGGAAAAUUGUCCAGGCUAUUGUGGAUGCUGGGUUUGAGAUCUCUGCUCUGCAGAUGUUUCACCUGGAGAGGGCUAAUGCUGAAGAGUUCAUUGAGGUCUACAAAGGAGUUGUUGCUGAAUUCAAUGACAUGGUGAGUCAGCUGUGUGCAGGGCCUAGUGUUGCCAUGGAGAUAAAGAGCAAGGAUGGAAACACACCCCAGAGUUUCCGGGAGUUUGUGGGACCGGCUGAUCCUGAGAUAGCCAGGCAUCUGAGACCACGGACCCUAAGGGCCAUAUUUGGUAAAGACAAGAUCCAAAAUGCUGUUCACUGCACAGACUUGCCAGAGGAUGGACUUCUUGAGGUGGAAUACUUCUUCAAGAUCCUGGACAGCUGAGGAGACGUCACUGCUGGAAUCUGGGCUGAGUGGCUGAUGGCAUCACACUAUCACACAUCUCACACAAACACAAAUGCAGACAACAAAGGGGAAAACACUUAGUAUGGUGCAUUUAUUCUCGGCCAAAAUGAGAUAUUAGACCUGAAUCAGCUUCAGCAGGUUUCAUUACUGUAAUAUGACAUAUACAUUUGAUUACAAAAUGACAAGAAAGCUUUGGUGUCAUUCACAAUGAUAAAAAAUACGACUAGCUUUAGAUUUUAACUGCUACCGAAACAUGGCAUAUACAUAGCAUAUAUUACAUAAUCCAUUGUACAUAACAUGUAUGGCUUAAAAAUUGUUAUUGUGCUGUUUUAUGGAUGACUCCAAAAGUGAUGUUGAGUUCAGUUAAAAAUAUAUGCUAGUUGGCAUGUUUGCAACACGUUUGUCAACUUUCAAAGUCCUUACCGUACUUCUUACCGGUGCCUUCACUGGUUAGAACAAGUUAAUUUUUUGUAGUUUUUCAAAGGGCUUUGUUGCUUUCUUACCAGGUCACAAACUUCCCUGUACAUUAAUAUAUCACUGUGUGCCUGUUGAAAACGUUUUUUAAAAGGCUGGAAUCAAAUCAUUUUCAUAUGUCAUCCCAAGGAGGUUAAAUAUAUAGACAUACAUGUAUAUCACCUCCUUGGUCAUCCAUAGUAUAAACAAUUAUUAGUAUAUGGUCACUUCAGUCCGUAAUGACCAUGGUAAAAUCCUAAAUAUAUGGCUUGUUACCUCCAUGAAAUGUCAUGGAGGUUAUAUUAUCAUCAUGAGUGUGUUUGUUUAGCAUGCUCAUCUUUGACUUAUUUGUGUUAUAAUUUGUUACAAUUUGUCUGCUGUCUCAAAAAUGUAACAGAUAGUACAAUCGUUAAUCCAGCCAUCAGGCAAGAAGUAGUUGACUUCAAAUUUAGCUUGCGCAAGAUUCCGUUCUCAAUACUUU